AUGACGUCCACAACCAAGCCCAAGGUUCUCGUCAUCCUGACUUCUGUCGACACCAUUCCCAAGUCUGGUAAGACCAUCGGCUGGUACCUGCCUGAGCUCGCUCACCCCUGGGAGGUCCUCCGCAACCGCGCCGAGCUGACCUACGCCUCCCCCAAGGGCGGCGUCGCACCCCUCGACCCCAUUUCCGUCGACCUCUUCUCCUCCGACCCCGUCUGCAAGGACUUCCUUGAUAACCACAAGGCUAUCUGGGAGAACACCCAGAAGCUGUCCACGUUCGCUGGACGUGCCUCCGAGUUCGACGCUGUCUUCUACCCUGGCGGCCAUGGUCCCAUGUUCGACCUCGCUUUUGACGAAGACUCGAUCGCGCUGAUCAAGGACUUUGACGCCCAGGGCAAGGUCAUCUCAGCCGUCUGCCACGGCCCCGCCGCCUUCGUCAACGCCAAGGACGCCGCCGGCGAACCCCUUCUCAAGGGCAAGACGGUCACUGCCUUCACCAACGAGGGUGAGGACAUGUUCAAGUACACCGAGGAGAUGAACUUCUCCCUCGAGGACAAGCUCAACGAGGUCAGCGGCGGCAAGUUCGUCAAGUCCGAGGAGGGCCCGAUGGGCGAGAAGGUCGUUGUCGACGGCAGGAUCAUCACCGGCCAGAACCCUGCCUCGUCCAAGGGCGUCGGUGAGGAGAUUGCCAAGGCGCUGGGUGUUUUCUAA